AUGCCCAGAACGAAAGAUGGAAAGAUCACCAAACCAACGGGCGAGUCUCAAGUCCGGAGAAGGGGACGGCCGGCGAUCGACUGGACGCCAUCACGAAAGAGGAGACUUCUUCGGCUGUAUCUCUGUACUCCCGAGUCGGGCCUGUCGUUGAAGGAGAUCCUUGACCUUCUUGCCGAAGGGCCAUUUCAACCAAAACCUCGACAUACACAAUGUCUGCUUAACGAGCUUCUGUCAAAGUCCUACCGUCAGAGGAGGCCCAAAAGCCGAACGUUGAUGGAAAGGCGACUGGCCUAUCUGAGGUCCAUGAGGGAUGGUCGUCCGGUUUCGGAUCCACCAAAGGGAGACGAGACUGACUGUGCCAUUCUUCUGGCCAAGAACCCGUCCAGGUGGCGGCAGCAGUCCCCUGGUACCAGCUGUCCGACGAAGCGUUUGGGGCGAGAGAUGACCCAGCUCAGCAUAUCGCACCAUUUGGGGUUGGAGAAGGCGAGUGCAAGCGACCUGAGCUCAAUACCACCAGGUUCCUCCACAGCAACAAGCUUCGACUCGCCAGAAGCCGACAUGUCUGCCCUUGAGGUACCAGCAUCGACAGGAAGGAUCUUCAAGCACAACUCCAAGACCAUCAAGGAGAGGCGAUGCAGUCGGGUGGAAAGUUUGAGGGUGAAGCUCCCGGGACGCACUUCGUCGUUCUUGGCCGACGUCGUUAGUCUCUUGAGCGGACUUUCCAUAUGCUCGAGUAGUAACGCCUCUUCUUGUGCCUCUCCCCAUUGGAACCAGCGAUCGUUCUUAUCUAGGUCGAACUCAUCCGCCACGCUAUAUGAAGGACGAGGGAAGAAGAAGUCUACACUUCCAGAGGGCAAGGCUAUGUCUCCUGAAGACCCGAUAGACUAUAGCGACAAGUAUGCGCAAAACGCCGACAGCCGGGCAAACCAAGAGCUUCUCAAACACUGUUGCAGCAAAAAGGCAUGGUGCAUCCACAAGCGCAUCAGUGCGGUGUGUUUUGGCAACCGAUCGCCCGAUACCUUUGUCUGCGCCGCCGAGGAAGUGAACGACCAGGACGGGUUGGGGAACACCGCACUUCAUGUUGCCGCCCGAUGGAUAGCUCCUGGGCCUGUCCUCUUCCGGAUCAUGGCGAUGUCGACAACCAUAACCCUCAAUACGCCGAACCACCUUAAUGAACUCUUCCUUCACGUACUCAACCCUAGAUCACUUGACAUCAACGAACUCGCUCACUUCACGAGAUAUCUCGUUGGCCGCGAGUUCAAUUUCUGUCAACUGGACUCUUCCGGCAUGACAUUCAUCGAGCGCCUUAUGGCUCGUCUCGACUUCAGUAUUGAGGCCCUCGAAACCAUCUUCUCCUACCUCCCCGAAGCCACUCGUCUCUUUCUCCUCGGGCACCCCUCCAGCCCCAGCCUCAACCCUCAUCAUACCCCUCAACCGCCUCUAAUCCAAGCUAUCCGAGUUCGUCUGAACGUUAUCGAAGGCAACAGCCUCAUCCCCGACCCCUCCCAACUCGAAGCUGCCUCAGCCUACUGUGACUACUUCCUCGCCCGCUACGGCACA